AUGUACGGUACACGCUACUCUUCUCCGUUAAAUCUGUGUGACUUAAAUCAGUUUUGCGCUGAUUCCCUCUCAUCAUAGACGUAUUCAAAUUACUUGUCCUAAAUUGUACACGGGGAAUCACUUUUGGAAAAGAUGCGAUUCACAGCCAUCUUGCUCGCAGCAUUGCUGAUGAUUGCAGUCGUUUUGGCAUUGCCAGCUAAAGAGAAACCAGCGAAGAAAGCAUGUGCCAGAUCUUGUACAUUCGAUUACACCCCCGUUUGCGGAGGUGUCAAGGACAGCAAAGACAAACCCAUCUCCUUCGGAAACACUUGCGUUCUUGAGAACUACAAUUGCGAAAAUCAGAAAAGUUUGGUUGUAUUAUCUCAAGGCGAAUGUCCUGGGGGUGGUGGCGUGAGAUUACAGUGAGGAAUAUAUACAACAAACUUUCACUGGAAUUGACACUCGUGACCGGUUUUUUCAUAUGACCUGUUCAAUGUAACAAUAAAGAACACAAUUGCAAUAAAAGAAUUUAUUAUUCAAA